AUGACUUUUCUACUCAAUUCCGUCUUACGCUGCUUUGGACCGCGCUCUCAGCCAUGUCGGAUGCCAGAGCCUCAUGCUCCAGUGCGGAAGCCAAACGCUUCAGGAAGUCGAGUUUCGCAAAAUAUUUGGGAUAAGCCAUCUUGGUUCACCAAAUCCAGGGCAGAUUGUUACUCUCCAGACGCCGUCGUUUCAAAGCUCUCGCCGCCUCUGGGGUUGAACAAUCCUCCUGCGCUCUUAUGUCUGCCGGUCGAGCUUCUCCAGGAAAUCCAGAGCUACCUACCGAUAAAGUCCAAAGUGGCAAUGUCGAUAACGUGCAAGUACCUUUUGCACGUUCUUGGAUGCUCGUCGUGGAUUCAUGUUGGUCCAGGCGUCCGCUGGCAAAGCAACUUUUUGUACCAUCACACUAGCAGCUGGGACGCUGCGGCCGUUGCCGACAUGGGCCGGAAAAUAUCAGCACGUGUUGAGUUUCUUGAACUGCUUCUACGGGACUGCAACAAUCUGUACUAUUGCAUUAGCUGCAAAAUCCUACAUACAUGCCCGCCUCCACCAACCAAGUUUCGACCGGAUGACCAGGACAAACGGUCUUGUUUCCUUGAAGAGGGUGUGGUGGACUGGCUUCCCAUGGAUGAUAAGAACAGAUACGUUCUUGUGUCGGUGCAUUUCGAUCGGGCGCUUCGUACGGACAAUUACUUAAAGAAACUAGAGGCAGAGUACACCGUAGAGCAUAGGAAGAUGGAGCGACUUAUAACGCACACAGUGACGUGUGGUGCGCAGCAAGUUAGCGCAUACUUGGUCUUCAAGCACGAGCAUCGUUUCGCCAGCGAGGACCUGAACGCGGAAGACAUUCUCGACUCCGAUCUCACGAUAUGCCCCCACUUGACCACUAGAACGCCGCCGUGGUCAAAGAAUGAAAAAAAGCUCUCUACAGAGGAUGUUUACCCUCAGCGGUUAUGGAUGAUUACUGGAAACAGUCCCAUGCUAACGUACGCGAUCAACAAGGCGUUCCCGAAGAGCAAAAGGUGCAGCGAUGCGCUGACGAGGCGCAAAUUCCGACCUGCGUACGCGAGAGAAGAGAUGCAGAUGCACAUGGAACGCGUGCCUAGUGAUUUUUGGCGGUGCAGAAGCUGCCCGACAAAGUUUCGGGUGGAGUACACGGACGGCAAGGGGCUGAUCGUAACUGUGUAUCACAACAUGAGAACGGACAGGGGCCCGAACUACUGGUCUUACUUCGUGAGAGGAUCACCGAUGAACGAUGAGUUCAGCAGCCUAAGUAAAACGUUCCCUGACUUCGACUGUGAGGUUGAACAAGCAUGACGGGGCACUUGAUUCUUCAAGAGUUGGACGUGUUUCUCCCGUGGCGCAUGCCAAGCUAAUUCAGCAGCAUCUAAAAGGUGCCAUUAGACGUUACCGAAUGCCUUGUUCAGUUCCUCCUCGAACCUUGCAUCAUCCCUCAUAACUUGCUCCCAGUCCAACUCGCACCUUGGCCCGUCGUCCUCAAUCCUUCUUCCCCACUCAAUCUCGCCGUUCAAUUGGCCUCGCCCCUUGACGUAAUCGAAAACUCUAUCCAGAACCCCCAAGAACUCCUCGUAGCUGCUGUAGCCCUCCAGAUUUUCAAAGAACAGCAGAUCCCACCGACGGUUGCUCGCGCAGCCCAGAUAAGCAUCGUCGCAGAUCUUCCACAGGCGGAU